CUUGGAACACUGUGCAUGGAUGUAUGUGUGAGUGUGUGUGUGUGUGUGUUUGUGAGUGUCGAAGUGUGUGUGUAAACUGCCUCCUCUCGUGCUGCUGACGACAGACUGCCAUCGGGAUUAUAAAAAAAACUACAAAUAUAAAAACUCCUACAGGAGAACCGUGACCCUGCAGCGGGACUCCCUCUGUCACCUAGCCGGGUUCAGAGCUCUAUUUACGGGGACGAUAUGAGCCAGCCUCGGCCGGACGAGUUCCAGCCUCCUCCGGAGUGCCCGGUGUUCGAGCCGAGCUGGGAGGAAUUCAGAGACCCGUACUCCUUCAUCAAUAAGAUCCGACCCAUCGCGGAGAGAACCGGCAUCUGUAAGGUCCGGCCGCCCCCGGGCUGGCAGCCUCCGUUUGCUUGUGAUGUCGACAGACUUCACUUCGUUCCUCGGAUCCAGAGGCUCAACGAGCUGGAGGCGCAGACCAGAGUCAAACUCAACUUCCUCGACCAGAUCGCCAAAUUCUGGGACCUGCAGGGAUGCGCCCUGAAGAUCCCCCACGUGGAGAGGAAGAUCCUGGAUCUAUACAAGCUGAACAAGCUGGUAGCAGAGGAUGGAGGCUUCGAUCUGGUCUGCACGGAGCGCCGCUGGACGAAGAUAGCGAUGACGAUGGGUUUCGCUCCAGGUAAAGCGGUGGGCUCUCACCUGAGGGUUCACUACGAGAAGAUCCUGUACCCCUACAACCUGUUCCAGAGCGGAGCACACCUGCUGGCUCCAGAGACAGCUUCCAAACUGAAGCUUUGUUUGGAGGCUGACCCUGAACUGGAAAAGUGUGUUUCAGAAGGCGGAGGGAACAGGAAGUGACAUCACCGCGGACACCAAGGAGCUGCAGACCCCCCCGACCUCGCCCGACACACACUCUGCAAGAAGAGCCAAGCGCAUGAAGUGUGAGGUGGGUGACGUUUCAA